CAGUCUUUUAUGUAGUGAUAGUGUAGUUGGGUUUCAGUGGAACUCACCCCGGCAGAGCAUGUGAAUAAGGUUAGAGCGAAAUUGUUGGAUUAUUCCAUUUUAUUACUGCCUGUAUAAUGUUUUAUUCAACUUCAUGGACAAGCUGGAUAAGCAUGAUUUCGCUUAUCUUUAUAACAGAAGGAACUGCUCAAUGUUUGAAACCUACAGGGAAAGAAAAUGUUGUCCUAACGAAUGAUGCACUUCUGCAAAACGAUUACCCCGAAGGCUCAGAAGUCACUUUUCAAUGUUCCAAUGGCUACGUAAUAGAGCAAGGAUCAGAACGUAUUACCUGCACAAAUAGAAAUUGGAGCGUUCUGGAAUUAACCUGCAAAAAGAAAGACUGUGGUUACCCCGCGGAGAUCCCACAUUUGAAAUAUGAUUACAAAGCAGGAGGGACACUUUUUGGUGCGUCAAUCAGAGUAUUUUGUGAUAAAGGCUAUUACCUGCAGGGCCCAAGUUACAGGCAGUGUUUUGCCACAGGUUGGAGUGGAAAACCAAAAUGUGAAGUGGUAAUUUGUGAAGUCCCCAAUAAUAUCAGCAAUGGCAUAAUCUCAAGGAAGCCUGACAAAGAGUUUCCAGAGUAUGGUGAUGUCAUACAGUACUCAUGUAAUCAAGGAUACACCCUUGUUGGAAACAAAUCGAGUGAGUGCAACGAAGAUGGUGAAUACACAUCUACUCCUGAAUGUAAAGAUACCACUACUACUAUAUCAUCAUCAAUAACAACAUUAACAACAAUGACUGUUCCCACCACAAAACAAGGUAUAUUUACUGGUUUGGAGGGACAAGAAGACACUUGGGAAUCUGACAUCAAUGAUGCUACUGGGAAUGCAGCAUUGGUGGGAGGUGUACUGGGCACUCUCAUAGCUCAUACCAGACUGGAGAAGACCACAGGAGAAAAGAGGAGUUAUUAUAAUUUUUAAGUGAAUAAGUAAAUUAAUUGAAGUUCUUUCCAAGGUAACUACCAUUAAUGUACAGUAUACAGGGCUCUAGGAAACUAUUUAGACCCCUUCAAUUCCUCCACAUUCUGUUGCACAUUUUGGGUACCGCUGUGCACCCCUGGAUUUUGGCAGUUUCUACCAUUCUUCCCUAUAGAUCCUCUCAAGUUCACUGUCAGAUUGGUUGUGUUGAAGUCCUGGCUUUGGCUGGAUUAUUAGACUUUUUCCAAAGCAAAUCAAUCUUUUGUGGUUGUCCAUCGGUUGUGUUCUUUCGGGGUGUUGUUGUUUUCCUUGCCAUAUGCCUUUCAGGGUACUAAGUCGAUUUGGUCUCAUCAGACCAGAGAGUCUUUUUCCUAUAAAUUAUGAAUUCAGUUUAACAGAACAACAUUCUGAGAAAUUUAAGGGGCUUUCCAAAAGCACUGUAUUAUUACAAUAUAACCAAUCUAAAAAAGGCACUUUUUUAACCAAAAUAUCACUAAUAUAAGAAAAAAUACAGUUGGUGGUCAUCUUACAUUUUUUAGAGAUGUAAAUUAAACUACUGUUUGUAACUGCUUCAUGUAGUCAAUGUUUUGUCUAAAAUAUGUAAUUCCU